GAAGAAGAAUAGUAAGAAGCAGAAGAAGAAGCAGAAGAAGAAGAAAAUAAAGGGGGAAAAAAGAUGGUGGCGUUUGAUGGAUUGGUGCUGCUAAUGUACCUAUUAAACGCUACUAAAAGUAGUUGAUGUGGUGUCUAAACGAUCGGUAAAAGUCUCGGGAAGAAACAGCAGCAAAUUAAAAACCCAUCAACUAGAGAUCGUCGGGCUGGUCUUGAAGGUUUUCUCCUGGAUUGUGUUUUUCCCACGUGGGCCUUGCUCAUCACUUCCGCCUCAGGUCCAACUGUCUGACCUCUGCACCAUCACUUUACCUGGCCCAUGGACUUGACUCCGGCACCAGGCUUCAAAAAGAGGGCUGCUGCCUCAUCUUCCCGACGUAAAGUUGGAGAGAUUACCAGGAGCCCUCCUCCCUGCUCUCCCUCCUUAUCUCUUUCUUCUCCUUCAUCUGAUCCAUCGUCACCCUUGUCUACAUCCUCCUCUGUCGGCGCCAGCUCAUCAGUUUAUCAGAAACAUGUAAAAGGUCAGACCCAGCAGACAGAGGUGUCCUCCACUUCUGUCUCUCAAGCAGCGCAAUCUCUCUCCACUGCUAAACCCAACACCAUCUGCAUGGAUUUCUGCCUUCACACUUUGAUACAGCCAAGUCAAGAUUGUGAAGAAAAGGACAAGAAAGGGGAGAUGUAUGAUCCUUUCCACCCAACUGAGGGAGACAAGGAGGUAAGGAUGAAGGGGGAGGGUGGAGAAGGGGAGAAAUAUGACCCCUUUGACCCCACUGGUUCCCCUGCAUCAGACACAUAUAAUGGGAGUGACAAAGUUGGGGGAGGGGAGAACGUGGAUGAGAGAGGAGAUGAGAAAGAGGAAGAAUACCCAGAUUCUACUGACACUUUGACUGAUCUGCUAAGCCCCUGUCUGGUCGCCAAGCUCCCUUUGGGGAGUAAAGUGGACUGUAGCACUAUCAAACCUGGAGGGCAGAGUGCUGACUCUGAUCACUCGGAGAUAGAAGAGGGGGAGAUAGUUGGGGCUGCAGAAAGAAAUCAAAGCAGCAAGAGAGCAGAAAGAGAAAUUCUCCCUUUGAAUUCUCCCACCGUCUCCUUUUUUGGUCCAAAGCCAGAGCGAAUCCUCCGGGUGCUGGAUGGGGAUGGCUUUGUGUCUUUGUGUGCAGAGGGCAGCUGGGAGAUGGACAGGGAACCUGAGGAAGAGCCUGUGGUGGGAGUGGAGGACCUUAGAAGGAAGUUGGUCAGUAGGCGGAAGGAAAGAUAUUUGUCCUUUCCCACUUCUUCCCCCCUUUCUCCUCAGCCACCACCUCCUUCCUCCCAUCUGCCAGCUUCUACAUCCUCUUCACCUCUCACACCUCCUACAGAGCAAGAUAGCAAGAAGCACAAGUCCUCCAAAAGUUCCAAGGACAGAGAAGGACUAAAAAGCAAGGAUAGGAAAGCUGGGGAGAAGGAGGAGAGACGAAAGAAAAAAAGGAAGGAAAAAGUGGGAGGGGAGGAGAGGAGCAAGGAAAAGGAGCAAGGCCACAAGACUGGAAAGGAGGUUAAGGGAUUGAGGAGCAGCAGCCAUAAGAGGAAGAAAAGACAGCACAACAGCCCAGAGACUUUACGAAGCUGCAACUUGGACAGAGGGGGCGACAUAAGGCACUCUUUAUCAAGCCUAUCUCAAGAAAUACAUCAAGAGAGGUUUAAAGAUAAAGAGGGAGAUAUAGAUAAAGAUAUGGACAGAAAUACAAAGCAAGGAAGAGGGAGGGAGAGGCAUAAAGAGAGGGAACAAAAUCGCACAAGUAGCCAUAGAAGAGAUGAAAGAGAUCGAGAUUGUAGCUCAAGAAAGGAAAGGGAAAGGAAGGAAAUACACAAUUCAAGUAGCAGAGAGAGAUGCAUUUCAAAGAGGUCCAAAAGAAGCAGGGAAAAGAAGGAAGGUGAUAGAGAUAGGCAGCGCGAGAGGGACUGGCUGCGGGAUGGUCGUCCUGUUGUCCCACCAUCUAUUCAAGACCUUAAUGGAUCUGACCUCUUUGCUAUCAAGAGGACCAUCACAGUCACCACUACCACCACCACCACCACUGUACCCGGCUCUCCAAGACUUGCCCCAACCUCCCCCUGUUGGCCCAAACAAGACCCUGACAAGCCUCACAAGAGGAAAAAGAAGAGAAAAUGGCACUCGACUGGAGAGGUGGAGGACAGGGGAUGUUGUCGCAGCCGAUCACGGUCAUUCUCACCUCCAAAGUAUCGCAGCUUUGAGUCAGACCGCUAUUCAGAAAAAUUUGAGAUUGACGUGUUGUCUUUGGAUGGUGAGGCUUUGGACUCAGACUAUCCAUCUUUGGAGGAUACACCUCCUGCUGCCCUUGUGCCAGAACCACCUGUCCUCAGCCCCAAAACUAAGAUUACCUUAAAGACUGAACGACAUCAUCAGGGAAAGAAAUCUCGCACAUUAAAGAAAAUUGGCCAACCUAAAUCCUCCUUUUCCAGUAGAAUCAAAAACAAAUGCCUCUCCUCACUGAUGGUCACUUCAGGCUCUCCCUCUGUCUCAUCUGGGCUUCCCUCAGCAAAGCAAGCCAAGAAAUUGGGAAAGGACAAAGAUCGGGACAAAUGCAGUAGAAAGGAUUUGGGUCGCUCUGGCAAGUCCAACAAAGAAAGUGGUGGCAGUCGGAAAGGGAAGCUUCAGUCCAAAGUUUCUGUGUUGGUGCGUGAGGGCGUGAGCAGCACCACAGGUACUUCAGUUGGCUCUGGAAAACUAGGCAUGGACCUUCUAGGGCCAGGAGUUACAGGUGGGGGUUCUGGGGGCUCUGUGGUGGGUGGCUCCAUUGCCGUAGUCUUCUGCAGGGACAAUGAGAGCAGAUCUCCAUUUCUCAAACCCUGCUCAGAGCUGCCAUCUCUCAGUGGUCGAAGUAAAGAUCUGUCCAGCAUGGGUAAGAGAAACAGCCUGGCUGUAACACCAGCGUCCUUAAGUAGUUCUGCAGGACUAAAAUCCAAGAAAACAAAACCCAGCUCCAUCACAUCCACUUCCUCCUCCUCUGCCUCCUCCCCCUCAUCUCUUGUAACCAAGCACUGCCGUCGCCUGGCCAAGAAGACUAGAGAUAAAGGUGGAGCUGCAGUAUUAACUGCAGCUUGCAGCCAAGCAAAUACCACAGCUGAGGGCUGGGGUGGGGCGUCUUUAGAUGUUCAGUCUGCUGUUGGAAAUGGGAACAAGUCAGUCAGCCCACAUACUGACCAAGUUGGCCUUCCACCCUGUUCUUCGUCCUCUUCCUCCACCAGUGUGCUCCCACCCUCCUCCUCUCCACAACAAACACCUCCACUCUCUUUGGCUCCUUUGCAGGACACCGGGGGUUCUUCUCCAGACUCUCAGACUGUUGACAGUAGCUGUAAGACUCCAGACCCUUCUUUCCUAGCUGACAACUGUCCAACUCAGACCAGCCCCACACUCCCAACGUCCAGUCCACCCAGUCUGUCUGCACCGCAGGGAGCUGGCCUCAGUAUCACCUUGUCUACACCCAUGGCCAAACCGCCUCCUCUAGAUGAUGCUCCCAAUACUCUGGUCUCACCUUCAUGCUCAUCCUCUUCGGCAGGCUGUGGUCUCACUUCCCUUUCUCUGCCUCUGUCUUCAUCAGACCCCUCCUCCUCCUCUGUAUCCUCUUCAUCUGCAAAUAAGCCUCCUCUUCCUCCCCCUCCAGCAGCACAUGCCCUCCCCUGGAGUCUGCAGACUGGAGUGGACUGCACCACUGGAGGAGUUUUGGCAUUGACUGCUCUGCUCUUUAAAAUGGAGGAGGCCAAUAUCGCCAGUAGAGCCAAAGCACAAGAGUUCAUUCAAGCAACCAACCAGAUCCUCUCACAGGCCAAUCAGAGCCAGUCACAGCAGCAUGGUCCUCCCUCCUCUGCAGCUGCCUCCUCACAGAUUCCUCCCCCUCCCUCUGUUCCUCCCCCCCCUGAGCUGAGCCCAGCCCAGUUCAUACUCCACAGCUCCCUUCCAUUGGUUGGCUGUUCCAAAACUCCACCCUCUCACCUACACCCCUCAGGUGGUGGAUGUAUUCAGACUCCACCCUCCAUUAUGCCUUUGGGGUUGUCAGGAGUGACUGGGACCUCUGGUGACACUGGAUGGGACAAUGGGAGCAAAGACCCUGAUAAGUACCUGAAGAAACUGCAUACCCAGGAGAGGGCAGUGGAGGAGGUGAAGCUCGCCAUAAAACCUUACUAUCAGCGCAAAGACAUCAACAAGGACGAAUACAAAGACAUCCUAAGGAAAGCUGUGCAUAAGAUCUGCCACAGCCGCACAGGAGAAAUCAAUCCAGUCAAAGUCAGCAACCUUGUAAAGCUAUACGUCCAGCGCUACAAAUAUUUUCGUAAACAUGGACGCAAAAUGGAUGACGAAGAGAGAAUUGACAGGGAGCCUGGAGCACUACAGUCCUCUGACUAUUAGCAGACUUUUAAAAAAUGGUCCUCCACACCGCCUUCUGCUCAAGACCUGUGCCAUCCACUGAUGAUCCACAGUUUUUGUUGAUAUUUGUAUUGCUUUUGUAGCCCACCUUGUUAAUGCUUUCAUGUGGUCUUAAGCUGGGCAUACACUGUGCGAUUUGAGCCCGAUUUUGAAGCAAUUUCUGAGACGCGUCUCAUUUUAGAGUCAGACCGGUUUUUCAGCUUCGUCGUGCCUCCUUUUUGCCUUGCAGUGUACAAUGUCAGAAACUUUGGUUGGCCGUUGUCAGGCUCUGUUGGGUUUAUUCUUUGAUAUAAUUUCAGAGUACACUGAAAUACACUAUAGCCAUUUAUAGACAUGAACUCCAGAUAAUGUCUGGACAAUAAGGUUUGGACUUUUCUGGAGUUUGCCUUUCAUAUAUGAAGAACAGAGUGAGAGAUUCUCCGGUCAGACCUGUUCAUGGUCAACAGAAAAAUCUCAACAGAACGCUCUCUUAAGCGUUCAGGUAUGAGCCCGAUUUUUACGCAGUUUCUUAAGUCGCGCAUCUCAUUUUAGAGUCAGACCAGUUUUCAGUUUGGUCGUGCGUCGUUUGCCUUGCAGUGUAUGGGGGGUGCAAGGGGCGAUCAACGGAUACAUUUUUUACAUGUCCGAAACUUUGGUUGGCCGUCAUCAGGUUCUGUAGAAGCAUAGUCACGAGUCGAUUCCACUAAAAUCUGCACAUUUUCCCUCACUGUGUCUGCACAAAAUGGCAUAACACAAUUGUAAGAAAUGUAGUUGAUGGCUAGAAGUAAUUGCACAGCAAGAAAGAAAGUUGCACUGUGUAUGCCCAGCUUUGUGGAAAUCUCUUCCCUUAUGUCUCUGAUCUCGCUGUAAAUAUAUCUCACUUGCAAGAUGUAAUAUGUUGAAGAAGUGGACGCUGUCAUGUGCACCUGUUAACCUGUUCUAAAGUAUUCCAGUACACCAACCCUGCAAUAAAAUACCACCAUUGUGAAGUGCAUAGAAUUUGACUGUGUCCAUUAUAAGCUUUAUAUUGGUGGUACUAAUCCCAGGGCUCUUAAUUAUUAUAUAUUUUUUUUAAAGCAGCAUUUGAUUAGGUGUUAAUGGUUGUUUGUCCUCCCCAUCCCAAUGUGUAUCAGAAUUCAAGCUGAGAGAAGAUGUAAUACCCAGACGCGCACAUUCAAAUAUAUUAUAUAUUGUACCUUAUAUAACGGUACACCCGGCACACUUGCACAUACCCCACCCCAUCUCUGAGUCUUUGUGGACCGUAUGCAAGUUAGAGUUGGCCAAUUUAAUGAACACAAAGACACUUGACCUCUCAGUUUUUUGAUUAUGCCGUCUGUGUUGUGUGCAUGUGUUACUAAGGUUGCUAAAUCUCUUUAUAAAAUGACUUUACAAACAAAACAUACAUGUUGCUUGAAAACCUGUUCAAAGUAGAGUGGUCUUAUUGAUUUGUUUGUUAUGUGUCCAUUAUGUGUCCUGCAUCCAUUUUGAAAUAAAAUCCCUAGACCUGAUAAAUAGCCAA